AUGGAUGCUUUACAUAAAACAAAACCCAGAUUAGCACAAAAAAAUCGCAAUAACGUAAAAAAACGACGCAAGUUGCAAAUAUUAAGGGCCAGCGUUAAGACGGUCGGCAAAGAAUACUGUAUGGAAUCGUCCAUUUGUGGACUCAAGCAUCUGGUUGAUGAUAACACACCCAUUAUCGAAAGAUUUAUUUGGGUUGUAAUUCUGAUUCUGGGUCUAGGGUGCUCAGUGUCUUUGGUGUGGAUAACAUUUUUAAAAUACUACAGAGCGCCUUUAGUUACUACGCAGAUGCCAGAAGGUAUAUCUGUCAGCAACAUCAUAUUUCCAGCUGUUGGGAUUUGUUCUAACAACAGAAUUUCAAAGAGAGCAGUGACGGAAUUGUCUAAACAUUUAUUAAAAGCAGAACGCAAUAAAAAAUAUGAUGAGGAGGAAAUGAUGCGAUUAUUGUUCGGGCUGGGUCAGCUUUAUGACUACCAGACCUCGAACGACGGCAACAUGUCACACAUGACGCUUCACGAAGUGUUAGGAGAUUACGAUGUGCACGAGUUAAUGCAGAGUUUAACACCUAGGUGUGAAGAUUUAUUGCUCAGAUGCGUUUGGAACACAGAACCAAAGAGCUGCCUCGAUUUAUUUGACUUUCGUCUUACAAUUAACGGUUACUGCUGCACGUUCAACUACCUUCGGGUCUAUGACAGCAAGUUUACUGAUAAAGACAGCUCGUCCCGCAGCAUAGAUAUGUACAAAUACGGUAAUAAAUCAACGUUUGAUUUUGAUACUGGAUUAAAGAUACUAUUGAGACUCAACGAAAGUGAUGAUUUUUACUACAACGUGCCGAUGCAAGGGGCACAGUUACAAUUUUCAGACGCGUACGAUUUUCCUGAUGGUCCAAGCGGAAGUUUUGCUAUGCAGAUAAUUAGCUCCAGCGUACAGAUGACCGUUAUGGUUUCGGCGAGUUUCACAGAAGCCUCUCGAGACAUCCAACACGUUUCAUUGAAUUUGAGAAGGUGUAGAUUCUAUGACGAAUCGGACUAUCUGCCUUUCUACACAUACAGCGAUUGCAUGUUGAAAUGCAGGAUGUCCUUCUUACUGGACAAAUGUAAUUGUACACCCUUUAAUAUGCCAAAAAUGGAAAACGCGAGGACUUGUGACCUGCGGGAUAUUCCUUGUCUUCAGAUUUACUAUGCACAGUCUAUCGCAGUUAGACCAGACGUAGAACCGAUCUCGGAAGCUUUAGAAUUGGAUUUGGUUGGUGGAGGCAUACCCUGCCCUAUGUGCCUACCAACUUGCUCGAAGACCGCUUAUAGUUACGAUUUUAACAACAUUAUUAUUUAUCCUGAAUAUCUCAACACAGUUCCAGACAACGAUAGAGAAAAUUGGUUGUAA